AUGGCCACCCCGGGGGGGUCCACCUCCGCCACCUGCACCCUCUCCUCGGCGCUGGCGCACCCGCCGGCGCUGCUCGACUACGCCGCGAUCCACUCGUGCCUGCUCCGCGGCGACGCCCGACUCUCCCUCCCGCUCCUCGCGCUGCUCCUCCUCCUCCACUUCCGCCUCCUCGCCGCCGCGGCCUCGGCGCGCUUCACCCCGGCGGUGUCCCGCCUCGCCGCGCGGCUGCGCCUCUCCCCAUCCAUGGCCGCCGUCACGCUGCUGGCGCUCGGCAACGGCGCGCCCGACGCGUUCGCCUCCGCCGCGGCGCUCGGGGGGCCCCAGGGGAUGCCCAGGGCCGGGCUCGCCGCCAUCCUCUCCGCGGGAGCCUUCGUCUCCGCCUUCGUCGUCGGCGCCGUCGCGCUCAUCGCCGCGCCCUUCGCCGUCCCGCCGGCCUCGUUCGCGCGCGACGUCUUCUUCUACCUCGUCGCUGCGUCGGGGCUGUUCUACGUCUACCUCAGCGCUGAGAUCUUCCUCUGGCAGGCCGUCGGGCUCGUGGUCUUCUAUGCCUUCUUUGUGGGGCUAGUGUUCUACAUGGAUUUGGGGAGCGCGGAGGGGAAGGCGGUCAGCGCCGCAGCAGCCAAGGUGAAGAUGGUGAAUGGCAGUGGCCGUGUGGCCGUGGACUUGCCGAUCACAGUGGAGGAUCACAGGCGGCAACGACAACCUGCUUUGUGUGCAUUGCUCUGGAAGGUAUGCAUUCAAUUCAACAACUCGCAGUUAGUUUGUGUGCUUACUUGA